UCUCCAGCUCCUCCCUCGAAACUCCCUUCAAACUGUCCAACUCACCCGCAACAAUGGCCCCCCGCACCACCUCCCCCGCAUUCGAAAAGGCGUACAAGAAGGCGACGUACCUGCAGAACGCGAGCAACGACGACAUGCUGGACCUCUACGCCUACGCCGUCAUUGCCAAAGCCGAAAAAGACCUGGCCACGACCCCGAAGCCUGGCAUGUUCGAUCUGGCUGGAAAAGCCAAGCGCUCCAAGUGGGAAAAGUACGUCAACGAAGGCGUCACCCCCGCGGACGCCGAGAAGGCGUACGUCGCCAAAGUAGACGAGCUGGUCAGCAAGCACGGGCUAAAGGAUACGGUGCCGGCGGAGUUGAAGUAGUGGGCCAGAUAUGGAGGGCGUGGUAGAUUCGGCUUUUUAGUGUAAUACCAGACAUUAUCGAAUGAGAUGGCUUCAGGGAUAUGGAGGAGGAUAGAGAUUGGGAGGGAAUUCCGUAGACAUGAAUACCAAGGCAUGGUACCGAAAUCCAGUCAAUCAUCCC